AUGUCGUCAACAGACAACCCGCUUUCAAUUAUAACCGUCAUUGAUGUAAUCAACUCGGUUGUUGUUAUAGUGUCGGUGGCGGUCUCCGUAGUGGGCUCUGCGGUGGAUACCGUUGAACUUUCCGUCGUGCUUUCUGUUGAGCUUCCUGUUGAGCUUUCUGUUGAACUGUUGGCCAAGCUUUUAACUGAGCUUGCAAUUGGGAUUUCUGAUGAGCUUCCUGUUGAGAUUUCCGUGGAGGAUGCCUGGGAUGUUUCCUUUCUAUUGUCAUCAAAGUUCCUUGGCCAAGUGUAUAUCGAGACCGGAAUAAAUGGUGAAACUGUUAUCUAUACAUGGACGGUAUUGCCAAGCGAUAUCUCCUUGGCCGAGCACUUGAAUAAGCAUACGACCACAACUACAAGCACAACAACGCUUACGACCACACUAACAACCACAUCCACGGUCAAUUCCAAAUACGCAUUUACAACAACACUCACUACCACGUCGACCAUAACGGGGAUUCCGGUUACAGCGACUGUAUCGACGGCUACAGCAAAUGGAGCUACUGUGACAGAGAAUGCCUUGCCGGUCACCGUAACAAGAACCGUGUAUGAUCAGAAUUCUCAGCUAGUUACCGUGUUGCCCGUGACUGUGACCACCACUGUUCCAGGCAAGACCUACGAGUCAACAAUCACAAGCACGGCGACAAGCACAGUACUUGUAGAGUAUCUCCAGCCCGUUGAAGUUGUGAAUAAUGACGAAGAAGAGCGACUUGCUGCUGAAGCUGCUGCCGAAGCUGCUGCUGCCGCCGAAGCUGCUGCUGCAGAGGCGGCUACAAAAAUUACAAUAGCGCCGGUGAAUUGCUUUAUUAAGCCAACUCGCCGCAUUGACGUGGACUUUGUCAAGGAUAAGUAUGAUUCCGACACCGGCACGGAUGAGGAUGCUUAA